AUGCUAGUUGGAUAUGUCGACUCAGAUACGACAGGUGAUGUUGAUUCCAGAACGUCCAUUUCAGGAUUUCUGAUGACUUUUGCAGGGGGGGAUGUGUCGUGGCAGUCUAAGCUGCAAAAGUGUGUUGCGUUGUCUACCACAGAAGCUGAGUACAUUGCGAUAACAGAAGGUUGCAAAAAGGCUUUGUGGAUGAGGCGAUUCCUAGAGGAAUUAGGCUUGCACCAGAAGAAGUAUCUUGUGUUCAGUGAUAGCCAAAGCGCUAUCCACCUCUCUAAGAACUUUUCAUUUCAUUCGAGUGAGAAUGGUGCAGACAUGAUGACGAAGACUUCUUGA